UAUUUUCUAUAGGAAGUAUAUUUUCAAGUUCUCUUGUUCUCGUGCUAAAAAUCCAACUGAAAAAAAUCAUCAUGCAGUAUUUGGGAAAGCUGAUUUUUGCCUUCGUCCUGAUUGCCGGAUUGAUCUUCUCUGCUUCUGCUGAACCCGCUCCUGAUGCCCUUGCCAAUGCCAAGCCCGGAUACAGCAGCUCAUCCAGCAGCGGCUACAAGUAUAAGCCAAAGAAGCAUUACAAGAAAUACCACAAGUACCCCAAGUACAAGAAGGGCAGCAGCAGCUCAUCUUCGUCUUCCGGUUAGAUUUUUCAGCUGAAGCAUGAACUUACAGACAUACAACGGCUUCGUGGACAAUUUGCAAUGGAACGCAGGGAAAUAUUUAUACCGUCUUUCUUCGAAUGUUUCUUUUUUUUUGUGAUUUAAAUCUGUAGAAGUAUAAAAUCCCUAAGUUUUUUACUUUCCGAUAUCCGCGGAUUUAUGAUUUAAUUUUAUUAGCAAAUAAAAUGGCUUCGUAUCUUGCAAA